AUGCCGACGACAUCAUCUGCCCCGGUGUACGUCCCUAGUGCGAGUAGAAAGCUUCGAAAAGCCGGCGACACCCCGUACAUGUCCAUCCACAGCUUAACCCGGCGCAGAUUCCCAGUGCGAGUGAGAAGCAUGGGGCGCCUCAGUCACACUAUUCCACCACGGCCCACCGUCCACGGGGUGUACCAAGGGUGCGAACCAAGGCCGUGCCCACGUUUCUUGCUUCCCGUUACCCAAAGCCGUCUCCAGCAAUGGGCCGACCACGUCUUGCUGUCGGGACCCUUUGGAGACUGCCGCGCCGGCACAGUGCUUCCGGUCCACGUACAACUAACCAACCCCCGUAACGGCACUACCUCCUCGCUGCAGGCAAUCCCAGAAGCCUUCCGGGGAAGGACGCCUGCCUUUCCGGCUGGCAAAGUUUUUUGUGCCACGCUGGCUCGCAUCGCGAGAUUGGGCCUUGUCUUGUGCGCCUCUAUGCGGGUGGCGCGCCGAGCCGCCGAUCGGACUCUUCCUUCACCGCGAUCAGUGGAAAACUCGUCAAAGGGGAGAUCUGUCGAUUAUACAUGGGUGUUGCGAGGAAAGGCGUUCCGUGUAGUGACGGUGCUUAGGGCGACAGGUUGAAGAGUUUUUCGUGUGUGCGCGCCUGUUAGGGCUACAGGCGGAAGUCCCGCGCAAACGUUAACAGCAUGGUCCGUGCGCCCAUACUGAAAAUUUUGUGUACGGGAGAGAGUUGCGGUGGGGGAAUAAGAAUACCAACGGGGUCUCAUAUGGCCCUUUUCUUGCUUGUUUGGACUUUUCUUUUUUUGUUUUUUUGUUUUGGUUGUGGUUGAUUUGGUUCCUUCAUACCGAUCCCAACGGAGACAUGUUAAAUCUCCUAUAUUCCUACGGAGGAAUAUGCAACCCACUGACCACUGCAGCUUGAUCGUCUAAUGACUAUGUCCGCCUUGCACCUAUUUGACUAAUCGGCAGAGACCGUUUGGAUUUUCC